CGUCCUCUCUCCGCCCAUCCCCAGUCCUCAUCAAUUUAUUUACAGGCAGAUCAACCUGUCCUGUCGAGAACUGCUGACACGGGGAAUUUUGUGGAAGAAACUCCUUAUCCCUCGCCAUGGCGCCUGCUUUGGGGUCCCAUACAUUAAGCAAGGAUGAUGUGAAUGACAUGUUACACUUUCGGAUGAUUAACGAGCAACAAGUGGAGGGCAUCAGCAUUAACUUUUUCUACAAGCCUCACACUCUCACCCUUUUGACGUUCACUGUGGCUAGCUUGAUGUACUUCGUCUUUUCCAGGGAUGAUGCUGAUGUUGACAACAACUUUCGAGUGGGUUUCCUGUUGGUCGUCUCCUUCUUCCUUGUCAUCAGUGUCCUGGCAUUCCCCAAUGGUCCAUUCACAAGACCACAUCCUGCAAUUUGGCGCAUGGUAUUUGGUCUGAGUGUUCUGUACUUCCUGUUCCUGGUCUUCCUCAUCUUCCUGAACUGGGCCCAGGUGAAGAGGCUCAUGUACUGGGUGGACCCCAACCUACGCUACGCUACCCGUGAGGCUGAUGUCAUGGAAUAUGCAGUGAACUGUCACGUGAUCACCUGGGAGCGGAUCCUGAGCCACUUUGACAUCUUUGCGUUUGGGCAUUUCGGGGGCUGGGCCAUGAAGGCAAUGCUCAUCCGCAGCUACGCCCUCUGCUGGACCAUCAGCAUCACCUGGGAGCUCACUGAGCUGUUCUUCAUGCACCUGCUGCCUAACUUUGCUGAGUGCUGGUGGGACCAGUUGAUCCUGGACAUCCUGCUGUGUAAUGGAGGGGGCAUCUGGUUGGGCAUGACUGUGUGUCGCUUCUUGGAGAUGCGGACCUACCAAUGGGCCAGCAUCAAAGACAUCCACACGACCACAGGGAAGCUGAAGCGGGUUGUGCUCCAGUUCACCCCAGCAAGCUGGACCUACGUACGAUGGUUAGACCCCAAGUCCUCCUUCCAGAGGGUGGCAGGGAUCUACGUCUUUAUGAUCCUCUGGCAGCUGACUGAGUUGAACACGUUCUUCCUGAAGCACAUCUUCGUGUUCCAGGCGUCUCACGCUCUCAGCUGGUGCCGGAUUCUCCUUCUUGGAAUCAUCACAGCCCCUACUGUACGACAGUAUUAUGCAUAUCUGACAGACACACAGUGCAAACGAGUGGGAACACAGUGCUGGAUGUUUGGGGCCAUAGCCUUCCUGGAGGCCCUGGUGUGCGUCAAGUUUGGACAGGACGUGUUCUCCAAAACACAAGCUCGGUCUGUGUUCCAGUGGCUUCUAUGUGUGGCUUUCAUCACACUUCUCUGUCUGUAUGGGAUGGUGCGGUAUGAGCAGAAGUAUGAGCCUGAGUUAAAGAGCGUCUCUGAGAGUGAUGAUGGCAACCUGAUAGAGUCAUGUGGUUACAGCCCUGAUGACAUUACAGGUGAGAGAGACUCUCGGAAUAACUCAGCCAGCCCAUCUAAACAAGGGAGAGGCUCUGCGAGAACCAAAGCUGUCAAUGGACACGAAGAUUAAAAGCAAUGAGAGCCAAUGAAGGGACUACGGUACAUCCCUACUACAUCCAACAACUCUGUGGGGAGAUGGAAGGAAGAGAAUUUGGGUAAGGAGGUUCAAGAGGUGGGGAUAUUACAUUGGUUGAAGAACAAUGACAAGAUAAAUGAAGCAUAAACUGAAUGGAAAAGGCUGAGCAGAGAGCUUCACUACAUUUACAUUAGUAAUUUAGCAAACGCUCUUACCCAGAACAACUUACUACACUUGGGUGACCGCAUUUACCACUUGAUGAGGAGGCACCAGCUGUUGAGUUUACAAUCUUCACAGAAUUUACUGAACACCAAGGUGCAUUUUUACUCUUCCAACUCUUCCCCCUCUUUUGUUCAAAUGAUGACCAUAAAUAUUACAGGAUGGAUUUUAUUUAACGUACAAUGAAAACCUAAAUUAUGUGAAGUCAAAGCCUGAAUGUUUUAGAUGCCUGGUUUCCCUUUUCCGUAUUCAGAGUUUAUUAUUGAUACUUAUUUUAACUCAAUCAAUUCAAGCCAAAUAUUGAAAGUCAGAGUUCACAUUUUUCUAUGAGAAUUUCGAAGAUAAUUUCAAUAAAUGUUUACAACUGACUAGUAUUGAAAUGGAGUUGGUCUCAACCCUGUUUGGACAGAUCUGUUUUUAAGAUAAUUCCAGGCCUUAAAUGUUUAAAAUGUUGAUCAUGUCAUGAUGACCCACUUUGUUUGAGUGUGUGAAAGGUAAUAUGAUUAACCAUUGUUUUUAUACAAGAAUUAAGAGUGCAUUUGUUUAGUAUGAAUUAUGUGAACUGCAUACUGUUGCAAGAUAAUUUAUAUGAAUAUAGCUUUCUAAUAAAUAUUUUAAACAGGACAAAGAA